AUUUAAAAUAUCAUAAAAAAAAAACAUUCAAAAUGUAUGAAAAUUUGAGUAUUUAUUUGGGUGUAAAUAAUAUUGGUGGCUCUAGUAUUAUUUUAAAUAACAAUAAUAUUAAUAAUAAUAAUAUGAACACAAAUUUAAGUAAUAUUAAUAACAAUAAUAUAAAUAAUAUAACAACAACAUAUUAUAGUAAUUUAACAUUAGAAGAAUUUAAUCCAUGGUCAGUUGAAAAAGUUGUAUCAAUGGUUGUGCCUGUAUUUUUUGGUAUUAUCGGUUUAGCUGGAUUAUUAGGAAAUGCAUUAGUUAUAUUAGUUGUGGUUUUCAAUCAACAAAUGCGUUCCACAACAAAUCUUUUAAUAAUUAAUUUAGCUGUAUCGGAUAUACUUUUUGUUAUAUUUUGUGUACCAUUUACUGCUACAGAUUAUGUUUUACCAGAAUGGCCAUUUGGUGAUUGUUGGUGUAAAUUUGUACAAUAUAUGAUUGUUGUUACAUGCCAUUGUAGUGUAUAUACGCUAGUAUUAAUGUCAUUUGAUAGAUUUUUAGCUGUUGUUCAUCCAGUUACUAGUAUGUCAUUAAGAACGGAACGGAAUGCAUCAUUAGCUAUAACACUAACAUGGUUCCUAAUAAUAACAACAGCAAUUCCAGUACCUCUAUCGCAUGAUAUUAAAAUUUAUGCAUUUCAAGGUCAUAAUUUUACAGCGUGUGUUUUUUCAUCAGAUCAACAUAUAUGGACUUUAGUACAAUUUCAGAUAUCAUUUUUCCUAUCAUCGUAUGUGAUUCCAUUAACGUUAAUAUCAUUUUUAUAUAUGGGUAUGUUAGCGAGAUUAUGGAAAAAUGCGCCAGGUUGUAAGCCAUCGGCGGAAUCAAGGAGAGGAAAACGAAGAGUUACUAGAAUGGUUGUUGUUGUUGUUUUAGCCUUCGCAAUUUGUUGGUUGCCUAUUCAUAUUAUUUUGGUGCUAAAAUCAUUAGAAUUGUACAAUAAUUCAUUAUUUGCAGUAAUAUGUCAAAUAACUGCACAUGUACUGGCGUAUACGAAUUCAUGUGUUAAUCCAAUUUUAUAUGCGUUUCUAUCAGAUAAUUUUCGUAAGGCAUUUAGAAAAGUUGUUUGGUGCGGUAGACCACCACCAAUGGAUUUAAGAAAUCAUCAAUUAACAAAAACAACACGCACAACUGGUAAUGGUACAUCAAAUAUUGAUAUUCUAUAAUCUUCGGUUAAUUGUACAAAACAUUCCACAACAAUAAGAAUAGAUGACCUCUGAAAUUACAAAUUAAUUUACAAAAUUAACAUAAUUCUUAAAAUUAUAAAUCAAUCAAUAAAAAAAUUUCAUAUGUUUCGUAUAUAAUUUUUAAUAUCAUUAUAAAACAAAAAUUAAAAUAAUUUAAAUAAAAUUUAAAUUUAAAAAAUUAAAAUAAAAAAUUUAUUAAAUAAAAAGUUUGACUAAAAUUUUGUAAUAGGAAAGCUAAAGAAAUAUAAAUUUAUGAACAAAAUACUAACAUAUUUUAAGUAAAUUAAAUUAACAAUAAUAUUUUUUAAUAUAAAAAAAACAGAAAGAAAUCCUAUAUAUAAAUAAAAUUAAAAUGUAAAAAAUAACAAAAUUAUAUAAAAUAAUAUAUAAAUAAUAAUGAAUGUAAAUAAAGACUAAUUAUAUAAUAUAAUUGUAUUAAAAUUAAUUAAAUUUAAAUUAAA